GAUCUUUAGAGAGGAGAGAGGGCUGUACCAGGACAAGGUGUUCUGCUUCAUCCAUCUGAGUGUUCAGGAGUUUCUGGCUGCUCUUCAUGUUCAUCGGACCUUCAUUAAGUCUGGGGUCAACCUGAUGGAAGAAACACAAACAUAUCAGGUUUCUGAACCAAAGUCUCUCUAUUGUAAAGCUGUUGACCAGGCCUUAGAGUGUCCAAAUGGACACCUGGACUUGUUCCUCCGUUUUCUACUGGGACUUUCACUGCAGAACAAUCAGAGACUCCUACAAGGUCUGCUGACACAGACAGGAAGUAGCUCUCAGACCAAUCAUAAAAUAAUUCAAUAUAUCAAGGAGAAGAUCAGUGAGAAUGUGUCUGCAGAGAAAAGCAUCAAUCUGUUCCACUGUCUGAAUGAAAUGAAUGAUUGUUCUCUAGUGGAGGAGAUCCAACAGUCUCUGAGUUCAGGAAGUCUCUCCACAGACAAACUGUCUCCCGCUCAGUGGUCAGCUCUGAUCUUCAUCUUACUGUCGUCAGGAAAAGAUCUGGAUGAGUUUGACCUGAAGAAAUACUCUGCUUCAGAGGAGGCUCUUCUGAUGCUGCUGCCAGUGGUUAAAGCUUCCAAGAAAGCUCUGCUGAGUUACUGUAACCUCUCAGAGAGAAGCUGUGUAGCUCUGUCCUCAGUUCUCAGCUCCCAGUCCUCCAAUCUCAGAGCACUGGACCUGAUUAACAACAACCUGAAGGAUUCAGGAGUGAAAUUUCUCUCACAUGGACUGAAGAGUCCAAACUGCAAACUGGAAACUCUCAGCUUGUCAGGCUGUCUGAUCUCAGAGGAAGGCUGUGCUUCUCUGGCCUCAGCUCUGACCUUUAACCCCUCCCAUCUGAAAGAGUUGGAUCUGAGCUACAAUCAUCCAGGAGACUCAGGAGUGAAGCUGCUGACGGCUGGACAGAAGGAUCCAAACUGGAGACUGGAAACUCUCAGGGUGGAGCCUGCUGGAGUCCGAUGGUUGACACCAGGUCUGAGGAAGUAUUCCUGUCAACUCACCAUUGACACAAACACAGUGAGCAGAAACCUUGAACUAUCAAAUGACAACAGGAAGGUGACACAUGUGGAGGAGCUUCAGUCAUAUCCUGAUCAUCCAGACAGAUUUUAUAACUGGCCUCAGCUGCUGUGUAGAACUGGUCUGACUGGUCGCUGUUACUGGGAGGUCGAGUGGAGAGGAGAAAUUUAUUUAUCAGUGAGUUACAGAGUAAGCAGUUGGAGAGAAGAAUGUCUUUUUGGAUGGAACGAUCAGUCAUGGAGUCUGAGAUGCUCUGAUGAUAAAGGUUUCUCUGUCUGGCACAAUGACAAAAAGAUGCAUCUCUUCUCAUCUUCCAUGUUUGUCUCUAACAGAGUAUCAGUGUAUGUGGACUGUCCUGCUGGCAUUCUGUCUUUCUACAAUGUCUCUUCUGACUCUCUGAUCCACCUCAACACCUUCAACACCACAUUCACUGAACCUUUGUAUCCUGGAAUUACAGUUUCAGCUGGUUCCUCAGCAUUUUUGUGUUGACUUGAGUCUAAAGACAAACACCCCCCCCCUCCUCGCCGCCCCUCAUCAGAGGAACUCUCUCUUUGUUGAACAGAUGGUUCAUUCUGUACAUGUCUGUUUCUUUCACUCAGAAACAUGUUUUCAGAUUCAUGAAUUCAGUCUGUUUCUUGUUGAAACUCUUCUAAAUGAUUCCUUGGAAAAUUCUUCCUCUUUCAGUCAUUUAAAGAUGGAAGCUGAGAUUAUUCCAGAAUCCACAUGUUGUUUUUAUGUUUGUUUCCAGUCAAAGUUCACACUGAACAGUGUGAUCCACGCUUUUAUUUCAACUCGAUUGGAUUACUGUAAUGCACUUUAUCUGGGAGUCAGUCAGUCGCUGCUCUCACGUCUGCAGCUGGUUCAGAUGCUGCUGCACGACUUCUGACAGGAACCCCUGACCUGGCCUCACUUCACUGGCUGCCUGUAUAUUUUAGGAUUCAUUUUAAAAUUCUUAUG